AUGUAUUCGUCUCUUCGACCGAUCGAUAUCGAGACAAUAGUUGAAGAAGCCUUUACAACUGCAUAUGAACUAAUCGAACCACUCAUUGGUAAAGAUACAUUAAAAACAAGCAAAUAUAAAACAACGGCAAGUCUUUCUAUGCUCAUCAUAAAACAUUACGAGACCGCAAAACUAAAAAUUCGAUCGUCACAACCGCAGCAAGUGUUUGAUGACCCAUCGGAAGAAACCAACAAUGAAGAUACAGAUGAAGAAGAUACAGAUAAAGAAGAUACAGAUGAAGAUGAAGUACAAGAUCUUUCUCACGUUCUUCUUCAUUCGUCGAAUGUCUCUUUUAAAGGCAUACGUGUGAAAGAAUCCAUUGAUCCAAAACAAUCCGAUUCGUUCUUCAAAGUUCGACGAGAAAAUGACACUACUGGUGUUUAUAUCCACAAGCAAACAGCUUCACUCUAA